AUGAAUAACAGCAAAAUAAUAUCGAUAUUCAAUAUAACAGGUAUUCAAGGACUAUCUUUAUGUAACACCUUGUUAAACUCUAAGAAAUAUAUAAUCAAAGGAUUUACAAAAGAUAUAGACUCGAUCCAAUCAAAAACAUUAAUUAAAAAAGGUGUAGAAAUAGUGCAACUAAAUUUUAAAAAUGCAAAAUUAGAAUUAUUAAACAAACAUUUACAUAAUAGUCAUGCAGUAUUUUUAGAUACAGAUUACUUUAGUUUGGGCAAUAAUGAGGUUGAAUUUGGAGUAAAUGUGGUGGAUGCUUGUAUAGCCUCAAAUAUAUCUCAUCUUAUAUAUAGUACCCUACCUUGCUCAAAUUUAAUUACAAAAGGAGUUUUAACAUUAAAUUCUUUUGAUAACAAAUAUAAAAUUGAACAAUAUAUAAAGAGUAAAAUAGAUCAGAUUAAAUAUAUUUCAUUUAUAUAUAUUCCGUUUGGAUAUCAAAAUUUAAUGCAAUAUUUCCCACCACUAAAAAUAAACAUUAAAAAUUUUCAAUAUGACAACCACAAAAAUUUCAAUUUUUCAAAUUGUUUAAACCCCUCAACAAAAUCUGAAAAAUAUGAUUACUUUGACUUUAGCUCAAUGAACACUAGUAUAUUUAAUAUAUUUAACACUGCAAAUGAGCUUAGCUUUAAUGGAUUUAACAACUAUAAAAAAAUAAACUUUACAAAUACAAAAAUAAAAUAUAAUACUAACAUCAAAGACAACGAAGAAUUCUUUUCAAUACCACUACCUCUUAAUGUAAACAAUUCAAUAUAUUUAUGCGAUAACGAUGAAAUUGGCACUUUAAUAUUUGAAAUUAUAGAAAAACCAAAUGAAUAUAAUAAUAAAUCAAUCUUUUUAUAUGGGUCAAUAAUGAAUGGUCACGAAAUUUCAAUAUCACUAAGUAAAAAAUUUAAUAAAAAUAUUAAACACUUUUAUAUCCCAACAGAAAUAUUCCAACAAUUUUUUAACUCAAAUACUGAAAUUUCAAAUAUAUUUAAUUUUAUUAAUCUAUUUAAUAUUCAAAUUAAAGAAAACAUAAAAAACUCCGAAACUAUUUCAUUAUUUAAUUUUAAACCUUCAACAUUUGAUGAUUAUUUAAAAAAAGAUAAUAUAGAAAUAAAAUCAAUUAAUUUGAAUUAA